CAAACCAACAAUACUCUCUCUCUCUCUCUCUCUCUCUCUCUCUCUCUCGUUUUUCAAUUGUCCAAUACCAACAUGACAACCAAGUUUUUCAGUUUGCUGCUUCUUUUCCUGAGCUCCACAUUCAUUGCAGUGAGUGCUCGACCUUUCAAUAUCAUGAAGCACAGAAACUCUGGUCGUAGAGCAAUUGGAGGUUUCUUUGAUGGGUUGUCUCUUGAAGCCAUCAAAGAAUCGGGCCCUAGCCCAGGUGUGGGGCACCAGUUUACCAACCAACAAACCCUCGGAGGGAUUAAAAGCUCAGGCCCAAGUCCUGGCACAGGAAAUAAAUUCACAAAUGUUGAGACUUUUGGUGGGAUUAAGGAUUCUGGUCCAAGUCCUGGUACUGGACACAAAUUCACAAAUGUUGGGACUCUCGGAGGGAUUAAGGAUUCCGGCCCUAGUCCUGGUACAGGAAACAAAUUCACAAAUGUUGAGACUCUCGGAGGGAUUAAGGAUUCCGGCCCAAGUCCUGGUACAGGAAACAAAUUCACAAAUGUCGAAACUCUCGGAGGAAUUAAGAAGUCGGGCCCAAGCCCUGGUACGGGAAACAAAGUAACAAAUGUUGAGAUCCUCGGAGGGAUUAAGGACUCAGGUCCAAGCCCUGGUACAGGAAACAAAUUCAUAAAUGUUGAGACACUUGGAGGGAUUAAGGACUCGGGCCCAAGCCCUGGUACAGGAAACAAAUUUACAGAUAACACCCAUCAAUGAAUUUUCGUGAUCAUCUCAAUAGAAAUUAGAAAUAUUCGUUAUGUAUUUUCUCAUUUACAUUUUUUUGUUGAUUUUAUUUAUAUUUAUACUCCAUGUAUCUUCGAGAUAAGAUAAUUUAUGUUCAUGUCAUUUCAUUUUA